CGAGGCGGAAGCCUGCUCCGAGUGCGCCCCGGGGCCAGAGCGUCCCGGGUGCGGGUCCCCUCAGUGGACGCGUCUCAGCCCCGCUGCCGCUGCCGCCGCCGUCGCCGCCGCCACCGCGCCCCGCGCUGCGGGACGGGGAGAUCGGCAGAAACUGCACCUGUAUUGUGAGAUCUGUGUACUUGAAAAACGGCUUAGGAGAGCCAGGGCUGAGAAACUGGAGCAUGGCCGUGAGCAGCGGGAACUGCGACUUUGUGGUUCUGAGCAGUGGCGGCCCUGGCGCCCUCACGACCUGCAACGGGGACCUCGCUGCCUGCCAGCUGUCCCCCGCAGAAGCACCCGGAACAAAAGUGAGCGUAAACGGAUGCCCUCGGGUGAACGGUGCAGUGAAGUCAUCCCUUCUGGCCACCGACAGCCCGCAGCGAGUCCCCGCCAUGUGCCGCUGCCCCGUGUGCCCAUCCUGUCCCCCGGAGCCCCAGCCUGACCCUGGCCCGGCCCCCUGCUGCCCGCGGCCAUGCUCCGACUUCCCGGCACCCCUCUGUCCACACCGCGCACCCGCCUACCCACCCGCCUGCUGCCUGCAGCCCCCGGCCUGCUUCUGCCCACACCGCCCAUGGCCUGGCCGCCUCCCGCACCAGCCCGCGCCGCAGUGCACAGUCAGCGCCAGACCACGCAGACCUUUCAAGUUACCAAAAAGUUACGCAUCCCUCAUCGCUGACUGGCCCGUCGUGGUCCUGGGCGUGUGCACCGCGUUCAUCGUCGUCUGUGCCCUGGUUGGGGUGUUAGUGCCUGAGCUGCCUGACUUCUCCGAUCCACUGCUGGGUUUUGAACCACGAGGGACUACAAUAGGCCAGAGACUGGUCACGUGGAAUAACAUGGUGAAAAAUACAGGAUACAAAGCGACACUAGCAAAUUACCCUUUUAAGUAUGCAGAUGAACAAGCCAAAAGCCAUCGGGAUGACAGGUGGUCCGAUGAUCACUAUGAACGAGAGAAAAGAGAGGUUGACUGGAACUUCCAUAGGGACAGCUUCUUCUGCGACGUUCCGAGUGACCGAUAUUCCAGAGUAGUGUUUACGGCAGCUGGAGGGGGGACACUAUGGAAUUUACCUGCAAUUAAAUCCAUGUGCAGUGUAGACAACUCAAGGAUCAGAGCCCACCCGCAGUUCGGGGACCUGUGCCAGAGGACCACGGCUGCGUCCUGCUGCCCGAGCUGGACGAUAGGGAACUACAUCGCAAUCCUCAAUAACCGGUCAUCCUGCCAGAAGAUCGUCGAGCGAGACGUGGCUCACACCCUGAAGCUGCUGCGGGCCUGCGCCAGGCACUACCACAACGGCACGCUGGGGCCCGACUGCUGGGACGCGGCAGCCAGGAGGAAGGGUCAGCUCAAGUGCACAGGCGUGCCCCGCAAGUGCACCAAGUACAACGCCGUGUACCAGAUCCUGCACUACUUGGUGGACAAAGACUUCAUGGCCCCAAAGACCGCCGACCCCGCCGCACCCGCCUUGAAGUACAGCAUGCUCUUCUCCCCCACAGAGAAAGGGGAGAGCAUGAUGGACAUCUACCUGGACAACUUCGUGGACUGGAACGGCUCGGAUGGUGUCACCAGCAUCGCCGGGAUCGAGUUCGGCAUCAAGCACAGCCUGUUCCAGGACUAUCUCCUGACGGACACGGCGUACCCGGCCAUUGCCGUCCUCCUGGUCCUGCUGGUCAUGUGCGCCUACACCCGGUCCCUGUUCAUCACCCUGAUGACCAUGUUUGCCGUCAUCAGCUCCCUGAUUGUCUCCUAUUUCCUCUACCGCGUGGUGUUCAACUUUGAGUUCUUCCCGUUCAUGAACCUCACUGCGCUUGUCAUCUUGGUCGGGAUUGGUGCAGAUGAUGCGUUCGUCCUGUGUGACGUUUGGAGCUAUGCCAAGUUCGACAAGCCCCGCGCGGGGACGGCGGAGACAGUGGGUGUCACCCUGCAGCACGCAGCGCUGUCCAUGUUCGUCACCAGCUUCACCACAGCCGCUGCCUUUUAUGCCAACUACGUGAGCAACAUCACGGCCAUCCGGUGCUUCGGAGUGUACGCGGGCACGGCGGUCCUGGUGAACUACAUGCUGAUGGUCACGUGGCUUCCGGCCGUUGUCGUCCUGCACGAGCGGUACCUUCUCAACAUAUUCAGCUGCUUCAGGAAGCCGCAGCAGCAGGCCUACGUUAGCAAGAGCUGCUGGACGGCGGCUCGCCAGAAGUGCCACAGGCUGCUGUUUGCCGUCUCGGAAGCAUCGCGAAUUUUCUUUGAGAAGGUGUUGCCAUGCGUGGUCAUUAAGUUUCGCUACCUUUGGCUGUUCUGGUUCCUGGCCCUGACCGUGGGCGGGGCCUACAUUGUGUGCGUGAACCCCAAGAUGAAGCUCCCUUCCCUGGAGCUGAAUGAGUUCCAACUCUUCAGGGCCUCGCACCCCUUUGAGCGCUACGACGCCGAGUACAAAAAGCUCUUCAUGUUUGAGCGCGUGCACCGCGGGGAAGAGCUGCACAUGCCCAUCACGGUGGUCUGGGGCGUGUCCCCAGAGGACAACGGUGACCCCUUGAACCCCAAGAGCAAAGGGAAGCUGGCCCUGGACGGCAGCUUUAACAUUGCAAGCCCUGCGUCCCAGGUGUGGAUCUUGCACUUCUGUCAAAAACUGAGAAACCAGACUUUCUUUCACCAGACAGAUGAGCAGGACUUCACGAGCUGCUUCAUCGAGACAUUCAAGCAGUGGAUGGAGAACCAGGACUGUGACGAGCCAGCUCUGUACCUGUGCUGCAGGCGCUGGAGCUUCCCCUACAAGCAGGAGAUCUUCGAGCUGUGCAUCAAGAGAGCCAUCAUGGAACUGGAGAGGAGCACGGGGUACCACCUGGAUAGCAAGACCCCAGGGCCAAGGUUUGACAUCAACGACACCAUCAGGGCCGUCGUGCUCGAGUUCCAGAGCACCUACCUCUUCACGCUGGCUUAUGAGAAAAUGCACCAGUUUUACAAGGAGGUGGAUGCAUGGAUCUCCAGGGAGCUGAGUUCGGCUCCCGAGGGCCUCAGCAAUGGCUGGUUUGUCAGCAAUCUGGAGUUCUAUGACCUGCAAGACAGCCUCUCCGAUGGCACCCUCAUCGCGAUGGGGCUCUCCGUGGCUGUGGCGUUCAGCGUGAUGCUGCUCACCACCUGGAAUGUCUUCAUCAGCCUCUUUGCCAUCGUCUCCAUCACAGGAACCAUAUUUGUCACAGUGGGCUCACUUGUCCUGCUGGGCUGGGAGCUGAACGUUCUGGAGUCCGUGACCAUCUCCGUGGCUGUUGGCCUGUCUGUGGACUUCGCCGUCCACUAUGGGGUGGCUUACCGCCUGGCCCCAGAUGCCGACCGAGAGGGGAAGGUGAUCUUCUCCCUGAGUCGCAUGGGGUCCGCAAUGGCCAUGGCUGCCCUGACCACCUUCGUGGCCGGGGCCAUGAUGAUGCCGUCCACGGUUCUGGCAUACACCCAGCUGGGGACCUUCAUGAUGCUCAUCAUGUGCGUCAGCUGGGCUUUUGCCACCUUCUUCUUCCAGUGCCUGUGCCGCUGCCUUGGGCCACAGGGCACCUGUGGUCAGAUUCCUUUACCCAGAAGACUCCAGUGUGGUGCCUUCUCCCAUGCCAUGUCCACGAGCCCCGGUGACAAGGGACAAAGCAAAACACAUACCGUGAAUGCUUAUCAUCUCGAUCCCAGGGCCCCCAAAUCCGAAAUGGAGCAUGAGUUUUAUGAGUUGGAGCCUCUGGCGUCCCACAGCUGUAGCACCUCUGGGGAGACCCACAUCUGCUCUGAAUUUUUCAACAGCCACGUGAAGAACUCAGGGAUGCCGGUGCGUGCAGCGUACAGCAGAGGCACCGGGAACGACAGCAGCAGUGCCUUGUUUCCGCCCCCUCUCGAGCAGCACGCCCUGUGUCACUUCUCUCUGAAUCAGAGAUGUUCUUGCCCAAAUGCCUACAGACAUUUGACGCCUGGCCCGCACACCGGCCAGCAGGCAGGUGACAGCCUGUGUCCCUGGUGUGCCGCCCCCGCCAGCAGCUUCGUGCAUGUGCAGAAGGGCACACACCAGGUCCCCGAUGGCUUCAUGUGCGCCGUCCAGCACGUCCGCCACUGUCCCUGCCUGCAAGGUGGAGCGAAAGCACCGGGACCGCAGAAUCCUCUGCCCACGAGCUUUGUCCUCCACCCCGUGCAGCAUAUUCAGGCCCCAGAGAAGACCUGUGCACACAGUCUUCCGAGCGUGGAGCACAGUCCCCAGAUGGCGGGGCCGUCGCCCUGUGUCUGUAGAGGCCCUGGGUCUCCACAGAAAGUGCACUGUGAUCCUGAGAACAGCCAAAGGGGACUCGCUAGGAACAGAGACAUCGGGCACAGGGAGGGUGGCGGAGGGGCUGGGAACCAGGGCUCGGGCCCAGGGGGUCAGACGGACAAGACAGACAGGACCACAGAGCUGCACUUGUCACAGAACCCGGAACAGUCAGCUCAGAGUGAACCACGCUUGGUGUUUAACCACGUAACAGGGGACGCACAGCCUGGGUCCUGCCCAGAGGGCGACUCUGUGGACAGUGAGGCCAGUGUGCCCUCUGCAUUCACACACUCGGAACUUUCUGGUGAAAGUUUGUUAAUAAAAACCCUCUAAUAAAUAUAGUGUUAAAUUCAGAA